ACACGUGUGGACCAUGUGGUUACUAAUGUAAAUAUUCUAACCAUACCAUUCACUCUGGCAAUAUAAUAUCAGACGUAAUCUUAAAAGCACCGAUGUUGAGGUGUUAAAUUUUAGUGUUAAAAUGGUUCUCAGUAGGAAUGUAUGAUUUUUGGAUUACUCGAAGAUUUUGACACCAUGACCACGCCAUGUUCUUCAAGUGUGUGACAACGGCUUUAUGAAAUGGGCAAGUUAAUGUGACUUAAAUGACCAGGUGCAUGAUGGUCCGACAGAGCGUCUGCAGUGACAGCUAGUCAGGAGGAGGACCAUGGCCAAACCCGGGAGCGACCGUGAUGGAGCCAUGGUGGACAAACAGCCCACGGGCAAGAAGAGUAAAGACAAGUUGUCCCCUUUCACCAAGACUCCGAAGCUGGACCGGAGCGAGUUACUGGGGAAGGAGGCCAAAGCCAAGUCCUCCAUGAAACGCAAACUCUCCUUUAGCUCCAGCCCGCCCCCCUCCGAGCCCCGCGCCGAGCCCCGAGGAGAGGAGCGCGACUCGGACACAGAUAAAGAUGGACCUGAUAAGAAGCGAGUGAAGAAGGAGUCUGGAGGCAGAAAGUCGCAGUCUUCUAACCUGUUGUUUGGGUAUCCACUGUCCGAGAGGAAGCAGAUGGCUCUCCUCAUGCAGAUGACCGCCAACAGCCCAGACUCGACGCCCAGCCACCCCUCGCAGACUCCCCCGGUGCAGAAGAAGGUGCCCCCCUCUCGGCAGAAGGACAAAGUGAACAAGAGGAACGAGCGCGGAGAGACGCCGCUGCACAUGGCGGCCAUCAGAGGAGACGCCAAACAGGUCAAAGAGCUCAUCAGCCUGGGAGCGGACGUCAACGUGAAGGACUUCGCAGGUUGGACGCCUCUCCAUGAAGCCUGUAAUCUGGGUUAUUACGACGUGGCCAAAGUGCUGAUCGCGGCCGGAGCUGAAGUGAACACGCAGGGUCUGGACGAUGACACGCCGCUGCACGACGCCUCCAGCAGCGGGCACAAGGAUAUUGUGAAGCUGCUGCUGCGUCAUGGUGGAAAUGCGUUUCAGGCGAACAAACGGGGAGAGAGGCCGGUGGACGUGGCCGACUCCCAGGAGCUCGAGCAGCUGCUGAAGGGAGAGCUGGCCCUGUCUGAGCCUGAAGACAGCUCCUCAGAUUCUGAGGACCCUCCGUCCGUGAACCCUUCGAGUGUGGACGACAACAUGGACGACUCGGACACUGAAAAGGACUCGGACGGAAAACCCAAAUCCUCAAACUCUAACGUCCAAGGACUCGACGAAUACGAAUUCAAGGACGAAGAGGAGGAAGAGGACCUAAGCAAAGCGCUGAACGAACGGCACAUCCUGCGGCGCGAGCUACGGCAACGCGAGAAGGAGGAGAAGGAAAGAAACCACGUCAAACAGAGCGGGAAAGGCGACAAAUCCAAAAAACAGAAAUCAUCCCGCGUGCACUGCAGUUCGGACACAUCCAGUGACGAAAUGGACAGUCUUCCUGAUAAAAGAAACUCUCCUACUUGCUCCCAAAACUCCGAGACCCACAACAGUGAGUCUAGAUCGAAAAAGGACGAUCAAAAACUGGGGAAAGUCAAGCGGAAAAGUAAAAGUCGGAAUAAGGAAAACCAGGAAGAUGGGAAAGAAAAUAGCAAAACACUCGUACUGUCACUAGCAACUGUAUCGGAAACUACAGAAAAGAUCCGGGAGGAGGAUUCAUUUAAAAUGUCGUUUAGCCCCAAAGAUGACUCCUCCGUCCAUCUCUUCCACUUGUCAAUAAAAUCGCCGAAAUUAAAUAACAGUUUGACGGACAAGCAAACGCCAUUGAAACAAGAAAAUAUUGAUAAGUACAACCACUACACUGAUUCAGAUUACUGCACAGAAGGGUCUAGUAAAGGUUGCAAACAUAAGGAAAAAAUCAAACACCAACAAAAAGACAAUGCUGACGGAGAAGACGGGCACUCGAGUCCGUAUAACAAAGAUGGAGGCAUAGGAAAUAGUAUAGACAGUUCAGAUGGAGCGAUUAGGAAAACUGACACGGAGGGAAAGGUGGUAAAAAAGCACAAACUGAAACAUAAAGAAAAAGAUAAACAUAGAAGAGAAUACGAAGGCAGCAGACAUAAGCUAAAGGAGGCCAGGAAAGACGGCCACCGAAAUCUGGAGUUCGAUCGCGAAUUUUGGAAAGAGAACUUCUUCAAAAGCGACGACACUGAAGACGUGGUGAAAAAGGAAGGAGAGGAGUUGAAAAUAUCAUCUGAUUCGCCGUCGAUAAGAGAGGAGAGAAAGCAUUCGACAAGCAAGGAAAAGAGGCCCAAAGAGGAAAAAGACAGGAAAAAAGACAGAAAAGAUGAUAAAAUCGAUGGGCAUACUUCAGGGAGAAGUUUAGAGGAUGCCAACUUGAAGGAGGAGGUAGAGGAGAGGGCCAUAACUGUGGAUCCGGAGUCGCUAGAAACAUCGGAAAAGCGUGAAAAAUCUGAAAAGAAAAUUAUAACAAAAGACGGUGAGAAAAUUGAGAAAAAACAUUCAGAUAAAGACAAAAAGGUUAAGUCUGAACAUUCGGAGGAACGCUGGAAAGAGAGGGACAAAAGUUACAAGGAAAAUGAGAAAUUAAAAUCGUCGUCGUCGAUUAAAAGGCACGACGACGGCCGGAAAAGCAAGGAUAAGAUGGAAAAGAGGUCAGAUAGGGAAAGCAUCGGUGAACAUAAAGAGCAUAGAGACAAGGAUCGCAGCAGUUUGGAAAGGAAAAACAAACUGCAAGAUAAAAGCAGCGAUCACAGCAAAUCUGAGCGUUCAAAGGAUAAAGAGUGUGACAAAAAGAGGAGAGAUAGGCCAAAAGAUUCGUCAAACUCUUCAAGUUCGAAUUUAAAGUUACUAUUGGAAGAAAAAAGGGGUUAUAUUUCGGAAAGCGGGAAGCUAAUAUCUGGAAAAUCAAAGGAGGAUGUGGUGCGGACGCCAGAAAAAGAUCGCGAUAGACGAGAGCGAGAUCGUGAUUUGGAAAGGCAUAAGGACCGGGAUAAAGACCGACACAAAGAGCGCACACCACUGGCCAAACCGAACAAACCUAAACUGAAUGAAAACGAUCCAGAUAAGGCUAAACUCAAGGCGUCUCCGGCUCCACAGAAAGACUCAAAACCCAAAGAAAAGCGAUUGGUGAACGAUGACCUGAUGCAGACAAGUUUUGAGCGAAUGCUUAGCUUGAAAGACCAGGAAAUCGAGCAGUGGCAUCGGAAACACAUGGAAAAAAUGAAGCAGAAGGAAAGAGAAAGACUAAAGCAAAGGGCCAUGGGAGACUCGGUGAAGCCUAAACUGAAAGACAGGACAAAACCGGAAUCGUGUUUGAGUAAGGAGUUGAUGAGAUCGAAAAGCUCAGAUACUCAAGAAGGCAAGGGGCUAAAAGACAACACUACUCAAAGAACAGUGUCACUAGAUGGUAAAAAUCUACCGUCAAUCGGCGCAAAAGUUAUGUCCGUCGUUGAGAAUUGUUUAACGAGAUCGCCCAGACCGGACAGUAGCGAUCGUUUAAUGUCCAGAUCGGUGUCCAUGGUAUCAGUUGCCAGCUCUGAAGACUCAAGCCACGCGACAAUAUUAACCCCAAAACACACCGAAUACGAUUCAGAUAUGAAUUUGGACGCGUCCGAUUCGCAACCAGGUUUCUUACAAUCCUCGCUAGUUAUUCAAGCAACACGAUCGCCGUCCAUACACGAUAACAGCAAUAUUUUAGAUGCUUCUCGGACAGCGCUACCAGUAAGACACGAAUCCCCAUGUCUACGGGCGAUUUUGGAUGAGGAAGCUUUGAGUGACAGCAAAAUGGUUGAAAAUAUCCCAAAAAUCAACGUGAUGUUAGAAGAGACGGGACCUAAAGAUGCUCCGGUGGAAGGCGAUGCAAGUUUAAACACGCAAACGGACACGCAGCAAUCGAGUUUAGCUCCGGAUAGCAAUUUGGAUGCAAGCGUUUCGCAAAGUAAAGAUAUCAAAGAUCCUACUGAACCCAAAUUAUCCAUUUCCUCCAGUGAGCCUAGUACAGUACAAGAUGUUCAAUGCGUAGUCGAGAAGGUGGAUUGUAAGGAUCACCAAGUUACAACGAUGGACGCCGGCACAGCUGAAAAUUCAACCGUGACGACAAAAGAGGCUGUCGUCAACAUAGACAAAGUAGAAGUCGCUGAGUCAAAAGACACAACGCCAGAAAGUGGUGAGAAAAACGACCAAGACAACACAGAAGCGACUUCAGAACAUCAGGACACAAGUACUACCGCUACCGCCAGCCCGAUGCCCUCCACAAGUACGGCGAAUAUUCCUGGCUCCACACCGGUCGAGUCUUUACCGGGAUUUUGCGGCGAUGCUCAAGAAGAAGACAUGGAAGUUGAUAUAAACGACAAUAAGAAAUCAAACUUGCCCAUCGACGCCGCAGUAAAUAUUGAAGAGAAAAAAGAAAUUUCAAGCGAAGAUACGAGACAACAAGAUGUCGCCGAAGUGGAGGGGCAGUCAAGUAGUGACAAUUCGGGUGAAUCUAAACCGGACAACGUUGAACCAAUGGAAGUGGAAAAUACGGAGGAUAAAACCGAUACGCAACUGAAUCCAGAAGACCAGCAAUUAGCCCAAAAUGUAGCAGAAACAAGUAGUAGUAGUAGUAGUAGUAGUGCCAGUAGUAGUACUAGCAGUCGUAGUAGUAGUAGUAGUAGCAGUGGUAGUAGUAACACUUCUGGUAGCUCCUCCCCUCAAUCUGGCGAAUCGGAUUCUUGCAGCGGCGCCAAAACGAAAACCCGAAAUUCCGACGAAGAGAUCGACGUCAACGUCCAACAUCCGAGGAAGCGAAAAAUGCCUAAAGUGUCGAUGCAGUCGCAAUCGUCCUGCAGCCCGCAGGACAAAGACAAGGGGCAGCAGUCGUUGGCGGCCAUGGUGGAUUCGGUGAAGCUGGAGGAGAUCGAACCGUAUCAAACCGAGAGAGCGAAUCCGUACUACGAGUUUCUGCACAUCAGGAAGAAGAUCGAGGAGAAGCGUAAAGUGCUGUGCAGCGUGACCCCCCAGCCGCCGCAGUACUACGACGAGUACGUCACGUUCAAUGGGUCCUACCUCCUCGACGGAAAUCCACUCAGCAAACUCUGUAUACCCACUAUAACUCCGCCUCCGUCGUUACCUGAACAGCUGAAAGAGAUGUUCAAACAGCAGGAGGUGGUCAGAAUGAAACUACGACUUCAACACAGCAUUGAAAGGGAAAAGCUGAUCGUUUCAAAUGAACAGGAAGUCCUCAGAGUCCACUACCGAGCGGCACGGACCUUGGCCAAUCAGACGCUUCCUUUCAGCGCCUGCACGGUUCUGUUGGACGCUGAAGUUUACAACAUGCCCCAAGACGUCCAGGUUUGUGCAAAUACUGACGACGGAAAGACGUCCGUGAGAGACCGCUUCAAUGCUCGGCAGUUUAUGUCGUGGCUCCAGGACGUAGACGACAAGUUUGAUAAACUCAAGACGUGUCUCUUGAUGCGGCAGCAGCACGAGGCGGCUGCUCUAAACGCCGUGCAGAGACUGGAGUGGCAGCUCAAACUGCAGGAGCUGGACCCGGCCACGUACAAGUCCACCAGCAUCUUUGAGAUCCCAGAGUUCUACAUCCCCCUGGUGGAGGUGAACGACGACUUCGACCUGACGCCCAUCUGAAGUGCAAGAUUCUGUGCAUUUGAGAAACCGUGAAACAUGAAGCACUUACAUCCAGGCACUUAAGACUCUAAACCAGGUCUAAACCCAGACUAGACCGCGAUCCCAAGCCCAGGAUCCUGGAAAGUCCACGGUCCGGUCUGUAGAAGUAAGACCGCAAAGAGACCACACGUUACGAGAUCCCCGACGCAGACCCCAAGUGCUUCUCUUUGUCAACACAAACUCUGAAUAUUUCAAAAAAACGUUGUUCAUACGUCGUGUACAGACUUGUGCUCUUAAUUUUUUAACUUAUUUUAUACAUACGAAUUGUGCAUUUGUAAAUAGCCAUGUAAUUAUUGUUUUAAACCUGUACAAAAUAAUAGAUAUUUUGAUUGUAAACUCGUUCCGUCUCGUUUUAAUGGACCAAAGUUGUUUUUAUAUCAGGUGUCCUACGUCCGUGCUGUUAAUGUUAAUGUUGUUGAAUUUUAAGCAUGUGUUUUUGGGCAAUUUUCGUUUAGCGUUCAUACACAGCUGAUCAAAUGUUUUCAAAGUUUUCGGAGGUUUAAGGCUGUGCAUGCAUUUUGACUAUUUGUUCUUACGUGAAUUUAUCGUGAGCUAUUUCGGCUUCUUACCCCCCGUGUUUCACUCCUCCCACUGCAAAAAAACGACAUCUACGCGAGUUGAAAUGACUUGAGUUUAAAAUCUAAAAAAGCCCAAAUUACGUAGUUUUUUUUUUAAAUAUUUGUGUUAUAAUGUUUUUUCUUUAUCAAAAAAACGUACCUGCAGUUGUUUCAUUCACUCAUUUAACUCACAAAUCCUGCAUAUUUAGGCCAAGUUCUUCUCUCAAACAAACAAACAAAAAACUCUGGUCCACCUUGUGAUGUCAUGUGGUGAUGCAGGAAGGGCACCACUGUAUUUUUAAACUCCAUACACUUUCACUAGAAUCAUUUGGGUAAUUUCAGCCUUGGAAUUUCCAAAUCUCCACUAAAAACAAGGUGGUAACGGUAGCUGUUAACUUGAAAACUACCACUACCUUGCCGUGACAUCACAAGGUGGAGCAGAGCGUUUUCGAGCUUGAGAGGUACAGGAUUACUCAAACAUGUGUGAAUGAAACACUCCAGCCAACUCCAGGUAUGUUUUUUUUUAAGAUGUAACUGCAUUAUAACAUGACUAAAAGCUCAGUACUGCAUAAUAAAUAUUACGGACCUUUCAACUUAAUGUGAGCCGUUUUGACAAGUGAAUUUUUAUUUUGCAGAUUAUAGAUUCGGGGUUCCCACAGUCAUGGAAAUCCUGGGAAAGUCAUUGAAUUUUAGUAUCUUUCACGCAACUACAGUGUUCUGUUAAGUUCUCAUUGGCUGUUAUGAUUAUUUCCGAACGUUUUGUUUAAAAGAGACGACAAUAAAUGCACUGACAGUAUUUUGAUUGUUAAAAAACUAUAAUACCAAACCAUAAAGUGAGUGGAAAGUUAACGUUUCAUAUUUAGCCCUAAAAGUCUGAUCAGUUCUAAACCUGUAGGUGCUGUAAAGUCAUGGAAAAUUCACUUUAGGUCAUGAAAAAAUUUUGAAGUUUUGUCAGUGAAAAAGAAUGGGAACCCUGUAGAUGAGUUGACUAAUUAUAAAACUGUAGCAGGUUUCAAAAUAGUUUUACUUAAAGGACCUCAGUGGGUUGGAAAUACUUUCUUAUUUCAGUUCUUUUACCCACAUUGGAAGAAGAACAAAACCCUUUAGUGUUGUUGUAUAUUUACCUAAAGGUGCUUUAUUAAGUUACAUUAUUUGACUGAAGAGAAAUUUAGUUCUGCGUACAACAGCAAAUGAAAUGGUUUAAUUACAUAAGCUUGAAUCAGUCUUUAGUUUAGAUAUUGGUUUUAUAAUGUCUAAAAAAAAAGAAAUAAAAGCAAUUCUUGAGUUAUUUAAAUGUUUAUCUACUUGACUUUGGGAAUAACACUAUCAAACACCACUCCUAUAAACACGAAGAUCUGAAAUUUCUGUCAUUUCUAACUUGUGUAGAUGUUGUUUUUUUGCAGUGCAUGUUGUCCACGUGUCUCGCGCACAUUAAAGUCUGUUGUGGCUUCAAAAUAAAAUUAAAAAAAAACAAAAAAAACAAGACAUACUUUUACAGUUUCAAUGUGAGAUCACAACAAAACCUAUUUUUUCAACAUAAUGCCUUUUGAACGAUAGUUCUAAAAAUGUCUAUUUUAAUAUUUACAUGACCUGUACAUAUCUGUAAUAUAGAAUUGAAUAAAUUUUAUUUGUUGUGAAAUGAAAA